AUGCACCUCACGAAGGCCGCUUCCGUGAGCGACACGCAGAUCUCAGUCAACCACCUCCGAUGCGGCCUUGACGUGGGUGGCACGUUUCUCCUCGGGAGCCAGACUCUGACCAUCAUCGGCAUUGAGUUUGGCGACCGCCGCCGUUUGCUCUCUGCCACCGCCCGCUCGCUCUCUUCCGACGCAUCCACCGUCGACGAGGCGCUGCCACAGCAAGGCGAAUCCGAAGUCUCGGUCUCCUUCACGCCAGCACUGGCGCAGCGCUACCCAGUCGGCUUCGAGGAGUCGGUGAGCAGCACUGCAUUUGCCCUCGGGCUCGGGCUAGGCCUUGGCCUUGGCAUUCCCUGCCUGCUAGGGCUCGUGCUGGCUGCGGUUUUCCGCACGCAGAUCUCUGAGCGGCCACCUCUGUAA